UUAUUAUACAGAGAAAUGUUUGAAAGAAUGCACAUUACAAAUGAUAUAUCUCUUUACAAUGCAAAUACAUUAAGAGAUUCAGAAGAAUUUUAUAUACCAUUUGAUAGAGCUGAAAAGGAAAUGGUAAUAUCUCUUGUACGUGAUGAUUUAACCUUAAGAGAUGAGGAACAUCAUACAGCAUUUAAAAAGGUAACAUUACCAGAUGUAACUGUGGAAGAAUUUAUGCCAGAAGGAAGUACUUAUUUAACACCUCGUAAAAGACAACCUUCUGAAAUAACACAUAUAGAAACACCAACCAAAAGAAGACGCUUAAGAUUCGAAGAUAUAACAGUUCCAAAUAAAGCUGAUAUUGCAACAAUACCAGAAACUGAAGUAGUUCCUGUUCCUAUUCCUACCUCAGACUUUUCUAUAGAACCAUUACAAAACUUGGAAUCAACGCAUGAAGAUCCACAACAGAUAAAAAUAAAAUCAAAAAGAAAGAGAAAAUUAGCUGAUAAAAAUACAAAACUCAAUCAUAAAGUAAUAAGAAAGUGGAUAAGUAAUAUCAAUGCCGAAACUGUUCCAUUAAGUAUAAAUAAUGUGAAUAUACCAACAUUAGAAAUUCUUUUUCAAGCAGCACCAGCAAGAUUUCUUUCUAUUCGCAAAAACAAAUGGAAUAGUCCCUUAAUUAAACUUUUCAAUGUAAACGUUGCUAUAUCAUCUAUGAGAAAGAAAGCACAAAUGGAAUUUCCAUUGCUAGAAAAAUGUAUUGCUUGUAUAAAAAAAAAACAAAUUCUAUUAUUUAACAAUUAUUUUAAUCUAAUGAUAACAUAAUGUAAAUUUCUAGCUGCUGAAAUUUUACGUUUGGUAGAAAGAAGCAAUAAGUCUGAUGAAUUGCUUGCUGAAUUAUCUGCGAUAAAGUACAUUGAUGCAAAUGGAAAAUCUAUUAAAGAAACUAG